AUGCUUUCUAAUGACUGUUGCAUAGGAUUCCGACUUUGGGAUUUCCCUCUCAUGUACGUUCAAAAACCAGAAGGACCCUACACCAAUGCAGACACUCUAGAAGCGCGAAUGUUCAAAGAAAGUUUUACCUCCACAGCCUUCUACAAGUCCGAUGUUAGGGAUCAAGAAAAUUACUCGAGUCAUAAUAUUAUGUUUAGAACAGGAAAGAGCAUUGUUUUUUCAAUGAAACGAGAAGAGUUGGGAAUUUAUGUACAAACAUUACCACUUUAUGUCUUUCUAUUUAUUUUAACAUCGACAAAUAUGGAUGGAACUGAUUUACCAUUUGGAUGGAAGCCGGUAUUGAUAGGAAGUGUCAAUAUUCCACUCCAUGAUUUAAAAGUAUUCGAGGAGGUGGAUGCUCCCAAACGACAACUAGUUCAACAAAAGAAAACUCUCAGUGGAACUUUUACAAUGAAGAACGAUCGUGGAUAUGAUGUGGCGGUGAUAGACAUGGACGUUCGAUUAAGGCAAUUGUCACCACAACCUGGCCUAACGUGUAACGAUACCAUGACAAGCAACAUUUCAAAAAUGUUUUCUUUACAACGACCUCUUACAAUGGGUGGACCAAACUCAAAAGUAAUGGAUAUUACAACAAAACUUCAAACAGGAGCAGUCACCAGAAAUCCGCUAUUAACAGUCACAGACAGUAUCUUUCCAUCAGCAAACAACACACUUCACACGAAAGGAAAUUUACAAGCAACUUUACAUGGAAAAGGAAUGACUGGAGAAUUUGGCGCAUUGUCAUCAAUGGUCCAACAAUACAAACACAACCAACAGCAAACUAAAAUGAUGAAAGGUCAAAUUGAGGCCCAACUUGCCUCCAUGACUGCUCAGUUAUCUCAAAUCACGACUCAGCUUAAAGAAAAGUCAAAGAAGUCGAAGAAGUCAAAAGUCCUUUAUACAGACAAAAAAGCCAUCCAAGUGAAAUCAAGUUCUGUAACUAAAAAACCAGAUCCGUCUCGAGAUUACAAAGUAACAUUAGAAGAAGAACUAGCAGAAAGAGUGAUUAAAAAACUUCAACAACAGCGCUAUGAUACGAUCAAAGACGAUGAACGUCAAGGGACAACCUUAUCUGGUGUCAUACCUCAUCUGACAGAUACAAUGACGAACAAGGAGAAUGAAUCAUCUUCUGCUCGAGAAUUAUCCGAAGAUACAACCAAUGAAUAUAUUACGAUACCAUGUGAACUAUAUCGAACGAUUAAGGAAAAUAAUGACCGUUACAACAAUUUACAGCAAAGUUAUCAAAUGAUCAUGGAUGAAUUUAUGGACAAUCCAAGUAAAUUAUUUUCAUCCAUGACCAAGAUCGAUACAAGAGGAAUGUCACUUCGAGAGAAGGAACUAUGGAAGAAUCAAAACAAAUUAAUUAAUCUAUUGAAAGAUAAUUAUGAGGCAAUCAAACUUGAGAAAGACCUUCAUGCGUUGAAAGCUUCAAAACAGCCAGUGAAAGAAGUUUCAACUCCCAUGCAAGUUGAAGAAGUGGAGGAGAGUUUAACAUCUUCAACAAUAACCUCAGCAAGGUCUGAGCGUCAUUCAGCAAAAGACAACAACAAAAAUGGAACUAACCAAAGAUCAUCAAGUCGACAAGCGAGCGCAGAAUCAUUAUUUAGCUCAGGAUCGUCAGCACGAUCUGUACUGACAGAACCAGUGGUGACCAAAGAACUCAAUAAGGUUGUUGUCUCAUCAACGCAAAACCAAGUAACACCAGUUCAAGAGUCUGAUGAUUACUAUUCAUCAACCGCCAAGUUUGACAUGAUCAACGAGGAUGAGAAAGAGGAAAAUCAACAAUCAAGCACUUCAGAUAGUUUUGACAGUGAAGCUUUGAGCAAGCAGAACAAUCAAGAACCUCAAAUCUCAACUUCUUUGCUCGUCGACAACAACACUGCUUCAAUUGCUAUCACGGACGGGUCAUUCGAAGAUUUUGAUGGAGAUUUUGAGACAAGCCAAACGAUGGAAUAUACUGAAAACACAAGCGAGACUUUACAACCAACAAAGAUACCAAGUGACACUUUAAGAUCAGAUCACGAUUUUGCAGUGGUACAAGUUCAAAAUAACGGGGAGAAACCUUCCAAUACGUCUAUUCAGGAAGAGGAUUUUGAAGAUUUCAAAGAUGAUGAAUUUGAUCAUCACGAGCAGCAACAAGUGGUUAUUGAAGAGGAAGAAGAUGAAGAUGUUACAUAUGAAGAUCAGCAAGAAGGUCAUCAAGAGCCUUCAGAAGAGAACGAAUUUGUCCACUCAAUUGAUUACUCUGGCAUUGAGGAAAGAACUGAGGAAGAGGAUAGAAUUUAA